AUGUCAACAGUAACAAUAACGGUAAAGUGUUCUAAUGAUACAAAAUAUACAAUAGCUGUAGAUACAUCCAAAACUGUUUUACAAUUUAAACAACUUAUUGCAGAAAAAAGUGAAAUUGCAGCUGAUAAACAAAGAUUAAUAUAUUCUGGUAGAGUAUUAAAAGAUAAUGAUACACUUGAAACCUACAAGAUUGCUGAAGGUCAUACUGUUCAUAUGGUGAGAAGUAUGGUUCGUGGCUCAUCUCAAUCAGAAACAUCGCAGCCACAACCCACUGUUACUUCAACAACAACAAAUGCUACCAAUAAUCAAUCAACACAACCACCAAAUAUACCCUCACUUGGUGAUACAACUCCUAAUCCAUUUGCAGCACUGGGUGGAUUUGGAAAUUUUGGCACUAAUAAUCCAUAUGGUGGUGCUAAUCUUUUUGGUAACAUGAAUUUUGGUGGUGGUGACAGUGGUAAUAGUAAUGGUUUACCAAAUUUUAAUUCAAUGGAACAAGUUCUUAAUAAUCCUGCUUUCAUGCAAUACAUUUCACAAUUGAUGCAAGAUCCUCAGUUUAUAGAUAAUGUAAUUGCCAUGAAUCCACAACUGGGAGAAAUGGCACCUCAACUUAGACAAUUGUCACAGGGUCCAGAAUUUCAAUCUUUAUUAUCAAAUCCAGAAGCAAUUCGUCAUAUGGCAACUUUAAUGGGUAAUAAUCCUGGAGGUGGAAAUCCAAAUACUAACCAACAACAACAACAACCAUUUUUUCCAAUUGAUCCGUCAUUGCUAUAUGGAUUAGGAGGACUAGGUGUUCCGCCAACAACUACACCCACAACUCCGCAACAACCACCCGAAGAAAGAUUUCAAGUCCAAUUACAGCAAUUAAAUGAUAUGGGAUUUUGGGAUGCACAGAAAAAUAUUCGUGCAUUAUUAGCUUCUGGUGGAAAUGUUAAUUCAGCUGUUGAAUUACUUUUAAGUGACACUUUUCUUAAUUAA